CCGGCGGCGCAAGUGCUCUGCUCCCCUCCCUGGCCCUGGAUUCUACUUCCCCUCCGCUCGCGCUGCAGUCGCAGCCGCCACCAGGCCCCGUGCCACCUCUGGAGUCCAUGGCCGGGACGCGCUGGGUACUCGGGGCACUGCUCCGGGGCUGCGGCUGCAACUGCAGCAGCUGCCGGCGCACCGGUGCCGCCUGCCUGCCCUUCUAUUCUGCCGCUGGCUCCUUCCCGUCGGGCAUCUCGGGCCGCCGCCGCCUACUGCUGCUGCUCGGGGCCGCCGCGGCCGCUGCCUCCCAGACUCGGGGCCUCCAGAUCGGACCUACUUCUGCCGGGAGGCUGGCGGGCCCUCCUCCUGCGGCCACCUCCGCCGCGGCGGCGGCCGCCGCCUCCUACUCGGCCCUGCGCGCCCCGCUUUUGCAGCAGUCGCUGGCGGCGGCCGCGGGCCCGGCGCGGGGUUACAGCCAGGAGUCCAAAACUACCUACCUGGAAGACCUUCCACCACUCCCUGAGUAUGAAUUGGCCCCGUCCAAGUUAGGAGAGGAAGUGGAUGAUGUUUAUCUCAUUCGAGCUCAAGGAUUGCCUUGGUCGUGUACUGUGGAAGAUGUGCUUAACUUUUUCUCAGACUGCAGAAUCCGCAAUGCUGGGAAUGGAAUACAUUUCCUCUUAAAUAGAGAUGGGAAACGAAGGGGUGAUGCCUUAAUUGAAAUGGAGUCAGAGCAGGAUGUGCAAAAAGCCUUAGAGAAGCACCGCAUGUACAUGGGUCAGCGUUAUGUGGAAGUUUAUGAGAUAAACAAUGAAGAUGUGGAUGCCUUAAUGAAGAGCCUACAGGUCAAAUCUUCACCUGUGGUAAAUGAUGGCGUGGUUCGUUUGAGAGGACUUCCUUAUAGUUGCAAUGAGAAAGACAUUAUAGACUUCUUUGCAGGACUGAAUAUAGUAGACAUUACUUUUGUGAUGGACUAUCGAGGGAGAAGAAAAACAGGGGAAGCCUAUGUGCAGUUUGAAGAACCAGAAAUGGCCAACCAAGCCCUCUUGAAACACAGGGAAGAAAUUGGUAACCGAUAUAUAGAGAUAUUUCCAAGCAGAAGGAAUGAAGUUAGAACACAUGUUGGCUCUCAUAAGAUAAAGAAAAUGACAUCUUCUCCUACUGCUAAGUAUAUAACUGAGCCAGAAAUGGUCUUUGAAGAACAUGAAGUAAAUGAGGAUAUUCGACCCAUGACAGCUUUUGAAAGUGAGAAGGAAAUAGAAUUGCCUAAGGAGAUGCCAGAAAAACUUCCAGAAGCUGUUGAUUUUGGAACUACGCCUUCACUCCAUUUUGUCCACAUGAGGGGAUUGCCUUUCCAAGCCAAUGCCCAAGACAUUAUAAAUUUUUUUGCUCCACUGAAGCCUGUUAGAAUCACCAUGGAAUACAGUUCCAGUGGGAAAGCUACUGGCGAAGCUGAUGUGCACUUCGAUACCCAUGAGGAUGCUGUUGCAGCUAUGCUCAAGGAUCGGUCCCAUGUUCACCAUAGAUAUAUUGAACUGUUCCUGAAUUCAUGUCCAAAAGGAAAAUAAGAUUUCCAGAGACUCCAGAUAAUAAGGAUGAAGCAAGAAGCAUUUCAUUUGCACAUCUUUCUUGGACAUCAGAUAUUAAAGUUCCAGUUUAUUAGCAGCAACUGCUAGAGAAAGGAUUUUGGGGUUUGGGGUUCAUUGCUUCUGAGAAAAAUUUCGUAGAGGACUGAAAGAGAGAAGAUUGAGUUUGGGAUUAUGAAAUAAACCACAAAUUAAAAUUUUUGUUUAAACUGUCCAGGAUCUGAUUUAAAAAUCUGGUCUUCAUUUUAUAUGAUUAAACAGUUUGUUUUCAUAGAGGAUAUUACCCAUUAUAAAGAGUACAUAUUUUUACUUAGCACUGUUCUUUAAAAUCUUUCUCCCAUUUAAAAAAAAAAUCUGUUCAAGGUUUUGUUUUUUGCCUGUGAAUUGAGAGCUCUGAUUUAAAACUUCUCAUGGAGUAAAAUAAUGAUUUAUUUUAACCAAAUACUCACCAAAGCAAAGAAAGGUUUCAGACCUUUGAACCAAUAUGAUUUGGCAGAGUAGUUUCAAUUUUAGCUGUAUUUGAUUACUUAGAUAGGAUUAGGAAUUUUAAAAAGGAAAGUCAAAACAGAAAUGAAUAACACAGGUUAGUGCGUGUAAAUGACAACAGUUUGGCAGUUCUGUGUCUUUAGAAAUGUUUUGACUUUUUAAGCCUUGUGUUAAAGGCUUAAAACAUUUAACAUUGGUGCCUGUCUACUUAAGGAGAAUUCUAGUCUCAACUUAAAAGUUGUCUGAACCCUCCCCGCUCUUUUUUUGGUGUUGGGUAAACUUUAAGGGUGUUUGUUAGUCUCAAAACUGUGAAGUGACAUGUCAAAACAGUCCAGACUGGUAAGGACAUUAAUGGCUUCACUUGAAUUUAAACCAGCUCUAGUUAGAUAGGAAAAAAUCUGUCUCCUCAUUUGCUUUUUCACUGGGGUAGCACAUCCCAUAUUUUAGAACAAGUAGGGGUGUCUUGCUUAAAUAAAAAAAAUAGUAGCAUUUAAUGUGUAAUUGUGUGAAGGGUUUAUGGAUAAAGCUGUACUUCUGUCACAUUGUGGCAGUAUCUCCUGCUUUAAUAUUAAAAAGCUUAUUAUUUAAAUAUUGGACAAAAUGGCUGGCUUCAAAAUGUAGUCAUUAAUAAACUAACUUUAUGUAAACCUGUGUAGGAGAAUCAAAGUCCUGUAUACUUUCUUUGCCUUGUUCCUGUUCUCAGGGUGACGGCUGCCACCAGGAGAUAUAAUUCUAGUUCUUAAAACUGAAUUUGCCCAGAUUCCUGAGAAGUGAUAUCUGGAAGAGAGACAGAGUCUUCUCACUUAAUAUAUAACCAUCUUUGAUUGCCAGCUGUGAUACAAAAUCACUGUACUGUAAGUAGUCAAUAAAUGAAGGCUUGUUUCAGGCUGAAGAUUA